AUGAAUUAUGAUGAUGUAAAUAUCGAUGAGGUUGAAGUUGCACCUGUUGAUUGUGUAAAAGAUGGUAAUCCGAUUUCAGAUGAUCCACCUGCUUUUGCUGAACAAGAAGUUGGACGUUAUAUUCGUUUUGUUCGUAUGGUUGCUGAAGAUUUUAUUCUGUCUGAUGUUGUUUCAGCAAUGGCCAAACUGCAUUUGGGUUUAACAAGUAUCACUAUCAGACUUAUGCAUCUUAGUCCUCCAAUAGAGUUUCCUAACGGUACUAGACGAGAGAUGAAAGAGAAAGGUUAUCGUUAUGCUUUAAGGAGUUGGUCAAGAUUAAUGAAUACCGCUGGCAUUGAGUAUGUUUUGGUCCGUGUCAUAGAUAUUAUGGAGAACCAUAACAUCACUAUGUUGAGAGCUGUUGAUGCAUUUCAAGAGCAGUUUUCUGUCAAGGUUAGGGUGAUCAGGGUUUGGGAACACCCUGAAAGGCGGAAUCCCAGUCAACUAUACUCAUUAGACAUGAUUCUGAUUGAUGAAGAGGGUACAAAGAUUGAAGCAACAUGCUUGAAUCGAGUGUUACGACAAUUUCAACAAUCAUUAGUGGAAAAGUAUAUUGACAAUCAAAACAUGCUAUGUUUCCAGGGUACAACCGAAGCUAUUCAAUGUGAAGAUAUUGGUGGAUCCCCUUACGGCUUUGAUUUCAUGAGUUUUACUGACAUCUUGAACAGUAAUGUUGUUUCAAACUCUACAGUCGAUGUCAUUGGUUAUUUUACUCGCUCAUUUCCAAAAGAGACUGUAACUAACAAAGGAAGUGGGAAGCAAUCUGUUAAAGUUACCAUAGAGAUUUCACAUCUGGAGCGUAGGACAUUAUUUCUUACUCUGUGGGAUCAAUACUGUGAUCAAGUUUUGUCGUUUUUUGAGACUAUCAAAGGGAAAAAUGUUCAUGCAAUCAUUAUAUUGCAAUUUGGGAAGGUGUUGCGUAUGUUAACAAUUCAUAGACGUUUGAUUGAAAAUUCUGUUGAAGUUACUGAAUCCACGAGCCUUGGUUCCAUGGGAAAGUCUGUUGAAGAGGAAUUCUUGGAGAGCAAAUAUUUUUUCAAUAUUUGUGAUGUAUUUUCGUUUAUGACGGUUUGCAAGGUCAUUGUUUUGGGUAAUAUAAUGGGUGUUUACAAAGAUGAAGGAUGGUACAAGAUUCAACUUAGAGUUCAAGACCCUUCUGCCUCUGUUACACUUACUUUGUUUGAUCGUGAAGCAAGGAAGUUGGUAGGAAAGUCUGUUGAAGAGAUUCUUAAUGCCAACCCUGAAUUUCGUUCUGAUGCUAUGAAGAUUCCUGCUGAAGUAGAUGCGUUGGUUGGCGGGACUGUUGCUUUUAAAAUAGACGUUACCAGCUAUGUCUUGAAAUAUAACAUCCAUAAGUAUGGUAUACUCAAGCUGACUGUGGAUCCUAACGUUAUAUCUCAGCUUCAAGACAAGCAAUCUUCUUCCCAGAUAAGUUCUUCUCAGAAUUGUUCUAUGAAUAUCGGUGCUUCAGAAUUUCAGUCCGAGUCAUCUGAUGGUUUUAAGGACUAUGGUGUCAAAGGAAACCAGAACACGACUCUUGUAUCUAACAUGGCGAGCACCAUUUCACCUAUUGCUUUGGAUGUCACUGAUACACCUGCUUCCGUGUUAGUUAAGGAUGACGUGAAGCGAAACUUGGUUGAAGUCUAUGAUGUUGAGGAAGAUUCUCAUAUGUCUGCAACAAAGGUCCAUAAAUCUGGCGAGGUUAAGGAUGCCAAUAGUGCAGAGAAGAUGAAACUCAUCAUUCCUAAACUCGAGAAAUAG